AAAACGGAAGUAGUCAGGUUUGUAGUCAUGGCGGCCUCCUGUGCAACGAGAGGCAACGUGAUAACUCGUUAAAAUGGCCAACUUUUGGUUUACCUGAACAAUCGAUAUUAGUAUCAUCUUAUUUCAACACACCGUAUUUAAAAGAGUACGUUCGCACUCCUGGACCUUUUUCGUUCAAAGACAGAGUAUUUUGUGACAGAACAACCAACAUCGCACAGAAAUGGCCUCAUUCAAACCCACAAAAAUUCAGGUUUAUCCUAAACUUGGAGAGAAAGUCACACAAGACACACUGUACUGGAAAAACUACAAGGCUCCAGUCCAGAUAAAAGAAUUUGGAGCAAUCACAAACAUAGACUUCUCCCCAGUGGCUCCACAUAACUUUGCUGUGACGGCGUUUACAAGAAUCCACAUUUAUGGGCCAUUCUCCCAGGAGCCAGUGAAGACAUUUACACGGUUUAAGGACACAGCAUACUGUGGCAGGUUCCGUUCAGACGGUCAGUUGCUUGUGGCGGGAUGUGAGGACGCGGUGGUACGGCUGUUCGAUGUCAGCGGCAAGGUGGCGCUCAGGAUGUUCAAAGGACACACAAAAGCUGUGCAUGUGACAGACUUCACCUCGGACCGUUACCAGAUCCUCACAGGGUCAGACGACUACACCUGUCGACUUUGGGACAUCCCAAAUUCCACCGAGCUCAACACCUACCAAGAACACACAGAUUACAUUCGCUGCGGUGUCACAAGCAAACUCAACAGAGAUCUCUUCAUUACUGGAUCAUAUGACCACACAGUGAAAGUGUUUGAUGCCAGAGUCGAUAAGAGUGUGAUGACCAUGGACCACGGCCAGCCAGUGGAGAGUCUGCUUCUCUAUCCCUCUGAAGGACUCCUCGUCUCUGCAGGUGGACGAUAUGUCAAAGUGUGGGAUGUGCUAAAAGGAGGUCAGCCUCUGGUGUCACUGAAAAACCAUCACAAAACCGUCACCUCUUUGUGUCUCAGCAGCAACGGACAGAGGCUGCUGUCAGCUUCUUUGGACAGGCAUGUGAAGGUGUACAACACAACCAACUAUAAAGUGGUCCACAACUUUGACUACGCUGCCUCGAUUCUCAGUCUGGCUUUGGCUCCGGAUGAUGAGUCCAUCGUUGUGGGUAUGACCAACAGUAUUCUGAGUAUCAAACACAGGAAAAGCCCUGAAGAGUCAAAGGAAGUCUCCGGCCAACAAAGGCGGCGACCCUCAUAUCGCGUUUUUGUGAAAGGGAAGAACUACGUCCCUAAACAGGAUGAUUAUCUUGUCAGCAAGCCGGUGAAACAACAUUUGGCUAAAUAUGACAAGCAGCUCAAGAAAUUCAAUGUAUCCAAGGCUUUGGAUACAGCUCUGGAGACAUGGACAAGACUGAAAAAGCCAGAGAUCACAGUCGCUGUCAUGAAGGAGCUGGAUCGAAGAGGAACACUGAAGAACGCUCUGGCAGGAAGAGAUGAAAAGGGACUCUCUCAGUUGCUCAGCUUCCUCAUAGGGAACUUGGUCGACCCCAGGUUUGCUCCUGUCCUCGUAACUGCAGCUGAAAUGAUCCUGGACAUCUAUCAUUCAGUAAUCGGCCAGUCAGCAGUCGUGGACCGUCAGCUGUUGCGUCUUCAGGAGCUGCUGGAGAGAGAGAUUGACUACCAGCAGGACCUCCUGGAGGUGCUGGGCAUGUUGGACACAAUGUUUGCCUCCUCCCUCCCGAGGAAGGAGGUGCCAUGCUCUGGCAUUAGCAGACCUAAUGGCCAGGCUGAAGGCGUAGAAAGCACCUCAAGACCACAGCUCCAGGCCUCCUGAGGCCUAUAGAGAGAGGGGAGGGGGGGAGUGCUUUACUCCGGGUUAGAGGGCCUUUACAACUCUGAAACCUCUUAAUGAAACAUCAGCAACAAAACUUUCCUUACAUGACAGGCUACAUGUCAUAGAUUCACCAAACACAAACAUUUUGGUACAGGUUUUAAGAGACAAAGUGACAAACCCGUUGGUCUCACUGGUGUUUUAACUCUUUGACAUGACAGAAAACAGAACAGGCAACAGAACAUGCAUUUAUGUAUGAAGAUUCUCUGAAUGUGUGGAUGUAAAGCAAGGUGUUGUUUUUUUAUUGGAAGUCUUGUAAUUACUUUCAACUGUAAAUGUGGUGCGUGCGUGUGUGUGUGUGUGUGAGUGAGCUUGUGCGUUUGAAUGGAUCUACUGAAUGUCUGCUUUGUUGUUUUCAUAAUAUUUGGCAUUGACAAAUGUUUUAUAAGCAGAUAAAAAAUAAAUCUUUGUAAUAUUGAAA